AUGAUGGCUAAAAUCUCUGCUGGAAUCACACUCUUUACCAUUCUAUUCAACACUUCAAGAGCAUUCACCAUUAGUGGCCUUCCUACUAUUGUCACAACAGGACAAGUUGAAACAAUGACAUGGUCCAUAGUUUUUUUGGAUCCUAUAACCAUUUCAUUCAUGAAGUCUGCUGCUGGAACCCCAACAGGAGAAUUAAUUGGCAAAGUGGAACCAUUUAGAGCAGCAGAAAACCAAAAGGGAACAUUAUUAGUCACCUUCACUGAUGCUUCAAGCCCAGUGACUAUUGUUGCAUAUGAUGGGUUGAAGAAACCUGGUCAACAGACACCUGUCUACAUUGACUCCCAUCCAAUAACUAUUGUGACUUCAAUUCCAACACCACCAGCAACCCCACCUCCAACACAAACCCCUCAACCAACACCUACACCCAGUGCUUUAUCAAGUACUGAUUCACCAAACACACCAAACACAGUUGCAUCAUCUCAGAUGGAUAAAAGCUUGGGACAAACAGUUCAGAUACAAACUGCAUCUGCAAUGUCAGGAAAGAACACCCAAAGUACUAUAAACACAAGAUUAAACCCAAUCAACACUUCCAGCACACAGGUUAGUGCUCAGAGUUCUAGUACAGGAGACAUUCAGGGGUCUAGCUCAACAAAUUCCUCAACUCCUGUUAUUUCAUCUGAAACAAGAGAUGAACCACAAAAGUCAUUGAAUAUUGGUGCAAUUGCUGGGGGUGUAGUAGGUGGUGUGUUUGCUCUGGGCAUAAUCACAACAUUUGUUAUUUUGCUCCUGAGAAGAAGGAGUAAAGAACUGGAACACAACAUUGACAAUGAUCCAAUCCCCUAUUCCAAUGCUUCUUUUUCUUCUGCUGCUGGUUUGAUGGAGGGUAAUACUCCAGUCCUGCUGGAUGACAAUAUAGGGGAAGAACAAAUGCGAAUGGCUGAAGAAAGAGAGGAAUUUCAGGCACAUGAUCAAGUAUCCCGGAGCUCUCAUGCCAAUUCUUGGAAUCAUGACACUGAAUCAAAUCAAGGAGAGGGCACUGUCCAAGUUCUUCGCCAGCAGGUGGAUUUCCUAAUGCAGAGGAUAGCAACAAUAGAGGAGGGAAUGGCGCCACCUGACUAUAGUUCUCAGACGUUGCACUGA